UCGCAACGUCUGUGGUCACGUGACGUCACGUGGCAGCAGUUGCAAAUCGCUUGAGUUGUAGAAAAGUUUGACAAGACCGAGAAUCCCCAGGAACAGCUGUAAACGAAAAAGAAAAUUAAAAAAAAGUGUAGCUGUCAAACUCGCUUUAGUAUUUUCUGAGAACAAACGAUGGACUCCGUGGCCCAGAAAGUGCUGACCUCCGGAUUCAGUCUCGAUUUUGGACCACUGAAGGAGCCUUUGGCCUUCAUCCGUUUACUAGAAUGGCUGUUUUCCAUAUUUGCCUUCGCCACAACUGGAGGUUAUGUUGGCUCAACCAGUUUCACUAUCGCAUGCCAUGGAGGUUCAAACGAAGAAGUACCAAUAAACUUCAACUACCCGUUCAGGUUAUUGGAUCACACCUAUAUGGUCCCUGACUGUACCGACAACAAAACCAGCACCGUUUACCACUUGGUUGGAGACUACGCAUCCAGUGCCCAGUUUUAUGUCGCUGUCGGAGUGUUAGCCUUCCUCUACACCAUCGCCACACUAGUCCUGUACCUGGGUUAUCAGCACCUGUACAGAGAAUCAAAUCGUGGACCCAUCUUGGAUCUGUUGCUGACUGCAGCCUUUGCCUUCCUGUGGUUGGUGUCUUCCUCUGCUUGGGCCAGAGGUUUGACAGAUGUGAAGUGGGCCACCAGUCCUUCACAUGUUAUCACUAUGGUUACGGCUUGCAAGGACGCCAACACGUGCACCCCUGGAGCCACGCCUCACAUGGGCCGAUUAAAUGCCUCUGUGGUGUUUGGUUUCCUUAACCUCGUCCUGUGGGGGGGCAACUGUUGGUUUAUUUACAAAGAAACGCCUUUCCACAAAUCAGCCAACCAGCCAGCCAACGUGGAGGGGGGAGCUCCGCCCUCAUAACCACAUGGCUUCCUCAUCUCAGGAUUGUUUAACGUCUAAAAGCGAAUGCCGUUAUGUUAUUAUUUUUUUGACCUUGACUGAAGUUUAGUUUUUCAGGAGAAGCUGUUUUUGGCUUUAAAUGUUUGGAGAGCAGACGUGAAAUUAAAGCUGUCCAAACUAUCCUAAUGAAUGCUAACGUCGUACACACGCUAACGUCGUAUAAUGUGUUGAGUUUAAUGAAGACAUUUCUCCUUAAGGUUCAUGGUAAAAUUCUAACAGCUUUCUAUCAAAUUUAAUGUGCCCCCUUUCACUAGAACUGCAUUUUUGUUUUUGGGGGAUGUUUCUACUGAUCUUUUCUGCCACCGAUCCUCUAUAAAAACUCAGGGCUAUUAAAAGGUAACUGAUCUAUUGAAAACGUGUGUGUUUGGAAUUGGAACAGAAGUAGAAAAUAACUUUAGCCCAGGGCUCAAACAUUAUGAAGUCCAACUGUUGAUGUGAGAUUAUUUUUAUGAAAGCAGUUUGAUUCUCUCUUUACUGUAAUAAGUUUUCAUUAUCUCAUGUUACUGUUAUAUUUGUAGUUUAGGACAGCAGUUAAUGGUGAAUGCUCCUUUACUUCAGUGAGUUGUUGCCAAACAAAUGUAUUAUUUUGAGUAUUUGAGUGUUACAGUGAUGUUUCCUCAGCUAGGUUUUGUCUUUUUUUCCAAGUACCUUUUAAGCAGCUCUUUACUCAUUGCAUGCUUUUCAUCCUCUUAUUGCUUUCUCUUGACCUGCUCUUUUUGAUAAGGGACAUUAUUUUACUUAUGAAAACACUCCUUAAUUCUACUAGUUCUGCUUUAUCUUUACUUUGUAGAUCAACAACUUUACAGAGCUCUGCGGUGUGCUUGUGUUUUUUUGUUGUUUUUUUUUUCCUAGAUCUACCUGGUGGUUCAGUUAAAAUCUCACAAGUGAGACUGGAUUCUGGUUCUGGUGGAUGUACCUUUGUCAAAAUAGUGUGCAUGAUUUAGUCACAGAUUUACAAAAAAAUAAAAUAAUAAAAGCCUUUUGAUAAACCUA